AUGUCUGCUGAUCCCCGGCCAGGCUGGAGGCCCUGGAGAAGCCAGCCACAGAAGGAAGAAGAAGAAGAAGAAGACCCGGGACCGAGGACACGUCCAGGCGCCCAGUUGGGUGAGCCGGGGAAAUACGCCUACGCGGCUCUCUGUGCCAUUUCCUUGGCCUCGUUGUUUCCGGAUCAGGAGGAGAGUGCCUACAGGACCGGAGUGGUGGAGAACCUGGUCCGGUGGCUGGAGCUGUCGGAGGCGGUGAUGCCCUCCAUGCUGGCCUUUGCUGGGGGGCUGGGGGCUGAAGGGACAGAGACCUUCGCUCGGAUUCUUCUGGGCGAGACGCUUCUGAAGGAUCAGCCCGGCGCCAUCAUGCUGGACCUGGUUUCCUUUUCUCUCAAGGAUGGCUACUACGACGCUCGCAUGCGGGUGCUUCUCUCCCACGUGGCCUGUUUGCUGAGGAUCCCGUUGGCAGAACUGGAAGAGGCAGAGGACUAUCUCCUUGAAUGUCUGAAGGAGGAGAAAGAGGCGGAAUCGGAAACGGACGAAGGCAAGCGGAAGAAGAAGGAGAGAAGGAAGAGGCUGAAGCGCUACCUGCUGAUCGGCUUGGCGACGGUAGGAGGAGGGACGGUCAUCGGCCUGACCGGGGGUCUGGCUGCCCCCUUGGUGGGCAUGGGAGCAGCCACCAUCAUCGGAACUGCUGGAGCCACGGCCUUGGGGUCAGCAGCUGGGAUGGCCAUUAUCGGUUCGCUCUUUGGAGCUGCUGGGGCCGGACUCGUGGGGUACAAGAUGAAAAAGCGCGUAGGGGCCAUAGAAGAAUUCGAAUUCCUUCCCUUAACCGAAGCGAAGCAGCUCCAUAUCACCAUUGCCAUCACCGGCUGGCUUUCUGCUGGGAAGUACGGCAGUUUCACAGCCCCCUGGAGCAGCCUCUUACAGUCCAAGGAGCAGUACUGCUUAGCCUGGGAGUCCAAGUACCUGCUGGAGCUGGGCAGCGCCCUGGACGCCUUGUGGAAUGGGCUGGUUAACAUGGUCGCCCAGGAGGCCCUCAAGUACACGGUCUUGGCGGGGAUCGUGACGGCCCUCACCUGGCCUGCUUCGCUGCUGGCAGUGGCUGGUGUGAUAGACAACCCCUGGGGUGUGUGUCUCCAUCGCUCCGCUGAGGUCGGGAAACACUUGGCACAGAUACUUCUUAGCCGGCGGCAGGGCAAACGGCCGGUGACGCUGGUCGGAUUCAGUCUCGGUGCUAGGGUGAUCUACUUUUGCCUGCAGGAGAUGGCCAAGGAGAAAGACUGCGAAGGGAUCAUUGAAGACGUGGUGCUGCUGGGGGCCCCGAUAGAAGGAGAUCCCAAACCCUGGAAGCUGAUCACCAAAGUCAUUUCAGGCAAGAUCAUCAACGGCUUCUGCAGGGGAGACUGGCUGUUGAAAUUUGUCUACCGCACGUCGUCCAUUCAGCUGAGCGUGGCAGGGCUUCAGCCCAUCUGCCUGGAUGACCGCCGGGUGGUCAACGUGGACCUGUCUUCCGUGGUGAAUGGUCACCUGGACUACAUGAAGCAGAUGGACACCAUCCUGAAGGCCGUGGGGCUCAAAACGAGGCCGGCCCUGCAAGAACGAGGGGGGCUCCUGGCAGCGUCUUCCGCCCCCAGUGAGAAGGAGGAGGAGGAGGAGGAGGAGGAGAAACAGGGGGUGUCUCCGGACGGCACCGCCACCUCCUCGGAGGAGCCCAGUGUGGUGGGCAGGCCCGAUUCUCAGACAGACAGGUGGGGGCUCCUGGAAACCUCCAAAGCUGAUGUGAGAGUCGGCAUUCUUUUCUCUUUGAUGUCUGGUAUCCUGCCCCUGGACACGGAGGCUCUACUCUUUGCCGCCACGUCUCCGACUGUGCCAAAAGCUGUGAAGUCAGCGCUGCAGGUCCCUGACCACAGCUCCCAUUCUCCCCUGGACAAGGGUGGCUUUGUAGUCCAGUUGGGUCUGGGGGGGGAGUGA